UCACCAACCAAAUUGUUUCCCCCAAUUCAGCUUUUUUUUCACGCAGUAAAACUGCUACACAUUUGCUUUGCCCUUUGCACUAACGCCAGCGAACCCUGUCCACCUUAACCUACUCAGCUGGAGGGGUGAUUUUUGACCGGGUCACCCAUGUUAACAGCGUGGAUCUGCUGGGGGAGAACCUGCGUGAACUCGCCUCGGCAUGAACGAUCCUGAGGCAGCGAGCGCAAUUGGCUGCCACUGAUAUCAGCACUCGACUUUAGACGGACACAGCAGCAGCAAACAUGUCUCGUUUAGUCGCCCGUCUCUUCGAAGUGGUUUCUCGGCACGCGACGCCCAGAUCCGUGGUGUUACCGAGGAGGAUCCCGGUAUGCAUUCGUCCUGUAUCCACAUCUCAAGGCCUGCAGUCCCUCACCCGUUAUAACGAGACUACAGACUGGCAAAAGAAACUGACCCCAGAACAGUACGUAGUGACCAGAGAAAAAGGGACUGAGGUGCCCUUCAGUGGGAUCUACCUUAAGCAUUCUGAAGUUGGGAUGUACCACUGUGUCUGCUGUGAGGCUCCAGUUUUCAGUUCAGAGGCAAAGUAUGAAUCUGGGACAGGCUGGCCUGCAUUCAAAGAGGCUCAUGGGACAUGGGAGCGGGAUGAAAGCCUCGCCUCCAUCAUUCGUCGCCCUGACAACAGCCUGGGUAGUGCUGGGACAGAGGUUCUUUGUAAAAAUUGCGAUUCCCACCUGGGUCACGUGUUUGAUGAUGGACCAGACCCGACUGGUCAGCGGUUCUGUAUCAACAGCGUGUCCCUCACGUUUAAACCCAGAGAAAACAACAAACCUGACAUGGAUGAGCAGGAGUAGUACCUGUACUGAAAACACAAUUAUGUUUCAUUUCAAACAAGUCCAUUUAACAGGUAAAAUGAAGGACCACCUAAUUCCAUGGUUUUGAGCUUAACAUGUUUGCAUGUGAGAAGCUUUCUGUGAGUAAAGGUGUCUUAUUAAUUGAA